AUCUAUUUGACAAUAUAUUUAUCAGUGCAAAUGUCAGAGUGAUAAGACAGCCAAGACAGCUUUUAUAACCAAUCCAGAAAAUUAUGCAUAAGUCGGCCGUAGAAAUUGGACACAAAUAUUACUUAAUAUUUUCGAGUAUUUUUCAUCAAUAUGAAGGAUUCAAAUUAUACGAAAAGAUGAAACAAAUUAGGAUUAAAGUGAUCGAUUCAAAAUGCCUAUAAUGGUUAAGGAUUUUACGUGGACACAAACUUUAAACACUAUCAAUGUAAGAAUUCCUCUGGACCCGGUGUACAGAGAAAAAGUUGAUCUUUUUACCACCGAUAAAUACAUAAAGGCGCAUUUCAAUCCAUUUUUGUUUGAAGUGUUUUUGCAGCAUGAUAUAGAUAGUGCUAAAAGUAAAUGUACACUACAAGACAACCUAAUUAUUUUUGAUUUAAUAAAAAAAGAGGAAAUUGAUUGGGACGUGUUAGAAAAGACACUAAGCAAAAAUGAAAAAGCGAAACUGCGUGAAGAAAUUUUACUGGAAUGUCAAGAAAAAGCUAAAGCAGCAUCUGAGGAAAGGGCUAUCAAGAAAAGUCAAUUAGAUAGAUUUACUGUUCAACAAGCGAUGGACAUCGAUAACAAGCAGCAUAAUCUGAUGGAUUCCCGAAGAGAUGCGGAACGAAAUAAAGCUAUGGACGAUUUGGAAAAUUGGAGGCUCAACAACGUACAGCAAUGUAAAAUUGAAAAUUGUGAAAAUAAUACAAACAGAGGUGUAUCAAUAGUCGAGUUGCCUGAUGAAGAUGUCGUCCCAAAAGUCGAGAAAAAAGCAGUAAAAAAACCAAUUCGACCGAUCGUCAAAAUACCGGUUAAAACUCCAGUCAAGUCUGAAUACAUUGAAAAGAAGAAAGACGAAGUAGCUAAACGUAUAUUACCAAAAUUACGCGAGUCGGGACAAGUAGAGAUUAAACAUACGCCGAGGACGUUUCCUACGCCGAGUAGGGAAUCGACCGCUCAAGAGGAAGAAGCUUGGUUGAAGAAUAUUACACAAGCUAGAAGAGCUAUUGGUUUCGUUUCCGAAGAUUUACGUCCUGAAGAACAAGAUCCGCAGUGGUGUAAGGAGAAAGGAGACGAGUUCUUUCGCAACGGCAACUAUCUGGGUGCGAUUAGCGCGUACACACACGGCAUCACGUUGUCCGAUAAAUUACCAACUUUGUACGCGAAUAGAGCGGCUACACACUUCGCUUUGGGAAACUUUAAUAAAUGUGUGACAGAUUGUUCUUCUGCUUUAGAUUUGAUGAAACCAGCAUGCGAAGGAAACAGACGUAGUCGGGCCAAAUGCAUUGCACGAAGAGCCGCUGGUCUAGCUCGAUUAGGCUAUCUUAAUAAAGCUAUCGACGAAAUGAAAGCCGCCUCUAAACUCCUACCAGAUGACGAAAACAUCAAAAAUGAUAUCUAUGAUAUGGAAAGAGCAUGGGAACAAAAUCCAGACUCAGACUAAACACCAAAAUAAAUCUAACACUAAA